CAAAUAAUAGUCUAUCAAGUGUUUUCUUGUAUAGGUGACCAAGCAGAAACUGAAGAUGGGAAAAUGAGCAUUGAUAGGUCUGAUCAAUGGCUUGGAGCAACUGUUAGAGCUUGGAACACCAGCAUUGUGGCCUGUGCUCCAUUCCAGCGUUAUAACUUUGUGAAUCGCAACGAUAAUUCUGAUGAAUCAGGGAAAACACCCACUGGGGCCUGUUACUUCACUGGCAACCUGAAGAACUUCCAUGAAUUUGCUCCUUGCCGUGACACAAAGACAGAAAGAUAUCACUUCUUUGAGGACUCAGCGCAAGAUAACCGGUUCUGCGAGAUUGGAUUCAGCGCAGAUAUAAGCAAGAAGGGUGUACUACUAGCAGGAGCACCCGGAGGCUACUAUUUCGAAGGGCUAUAUGCAACAAUACCUCUCUCAAACAUCCCACAAGUGUCAGACUCCAUAAUACAGAAGUAUCCCAGCUUGCGUAUAUCAAGAGAAAUAUUUGUGAAUGACUCGUAUAAAGGUUUUGCAGUAGCUUAUGGAGAAUUUACAGAGGAUGGAAUUCCAGAAAUCAUCGUCAGUGCUCCAAACUUUGAAAACAAAGGAUUGGUUGAAAUAUACAGUGGUCCAAUUACACUUUUCAGAAUCCUAGGAAAUCAGAUUGCUGCAUAUUUUGGUCACUCGGUGGCUGUUGCAGACAUCAAUGGUGAUAACCUUGAUGAUUUGCUGGUGGGAGCUCCUCUUUUCAUUGAGCGCAAGGCAGGCGGAAAGCUCCUGGAAGUUGGACAAGUCUACGUUUAUAAACAGAACAGCCUCACAAUUCUUGACAAAGACCCUCAGAUCCUUAGCGGGACAUAUGUUUAUGGGCAGUUUGGUGCAUCCAUUGCUUCCCUAGGAGACCUGGAUCAAGACGGAUACAAUGAUGUGGCUGUAGGCUCUCCUUUUGGAGGACAGUCUGGAGCAGGCUGUGUAUACAUAUAUAAGGGUGAAAGAACCGGUUUGUCUACACAGCCAUCACAGAUUCUGGAGGGCCAACCAGAGACCUCAUUCAGGUUGGGCUUUUCUCUGAGAGGAGGGGAAGACAUUGAUCAGAAUGGAUAUCCAGAUCUAAUUGUUGGAGCAUUUGAAGCUGACGCAGUCUAUGUGUACAGGGCCCAGCCAGUACUCCUUCUCCAAACCUCUAUGAGAUUUUUACCAGACUCCCUGAACCCAGAUCUGACGCUCUGUGAACUGCCUCCUUUGGGUUAUUUUACCUGUUUCACCGUGAGCAUUUGCAUCCAGGCCUUGGGGAAAAGUCUUCCAGAGACACUGCCCUUUUCCAUGGAAAUCCAGCUGGACAGUCAGAAAAGCAGAUUUCUGCGCAGAUCCUUCUUUCCCUCACUCCAACCAAACUGUACAAUCACUGUGGAUGUUCAAAGCAACUCACAACUGACCUGCACUGACACCAAAGCGUUUCUAAAGGAUGACACUGAGUUUAAAGACAAGCUGAGCCCCAUAGCUGUAACAGUGAACUUUAGCUUGGAGACUGAACAAUUAUUGAGUGUUUUACCACCUCUGAUACAAGGGAACACCUUCCUGCAACAACAGAUUCAUAUUUCGUUGGGUUGUGGAGAGGAUAAUAUCUGUAUUCCUGACCUACAACUGAGUGCCAGCUGGAGUGAAGAACCGCUCAUCAUUGGUAUUGAUAAUUAUGUACAAGUUAACUUUAGUGCUAUGAAUUUUGGAGAACGGGCCUAUGAAGCAGAGCUGCAUGCCUGGCUUCCAUCUGGGGCUCAUUACAUGCACGUCUUGGGAGAAACUAAGGAGAAGAUUCUGUGCAGCCCAAGAAAAGAAAACCGCAGUGAGCAUGUGGUGUGUGAGCUUGGGAAUCCCAUGAAAAAUGGAACACGGAUUCAUGCAUGGCUACAGCUGAGCAUCAGUUACCUGGAGGACAGCGAGGGCAACUUCUCCUUUCCCAUGCAGAUCCUAAGCCAUAGCAGUCAUAAUUUCAGCAGUCCAAUGGUCUGGAUAAAUUUGAAUGUGUCCGUACAAGUGUCAGCAGAGCUCCAUGGGAGUGCCCAACCAACUGAGGUCUUUCUUCCAUUACCUAAGUGGAAACCCCGAGAGGAAUCCAGUAAACCGGAGGAUAAGGGGAAGAUAGUGACUCAUGUCUAUGAGCUAUACAAUGUUGGACCAGGUACACUCAAUGGCAAGUUAGUUGUUCAAAGCCCAGAAAAUUAUGAGGGAGACGUCUUCCUGUACCCAUUACGUGUGAAGAAUGAUAACAUGCAAUGUACUAUGGUCUCCGACCUCAAUUAUUUACAGCUGGAUAUCAUGGAGGCAACUAAACCACCUGUAAGCUUCAGCAAGUCAGAUGGCCGUAGACUAAAUAAACGGGAGGAACCAAAUAAGGACCAGGAUGUUGGUAACACCGGAAGUGACAACAGUACCAGCUCAGGAGAUGGGUCUCAAUACAAUCAAUCCAUUACACUGAACUGUGACAAUGCUAACUGCUGGGAAAUGGAAUGCUAUAUUCAGGGCAUUGCUAAGGGACAAAGCGCAGUGGUGAAACUUGACUCCAUACUAUGGGUGUCCAGCAUCAUGAAAAGACCCCAGAAGCCGUUCAUUCUGCGCUCCCGAGGUUACUUUCUUAUGACUGAUUCCCCCUACAGGAUUCAACCUGUCAAUUUGUUGGCUCAAGAAACAUAUGCUGAGACGGUGAUUCAGUGGGUGACUCCGGACAGCCAGAAAGACAUUCCUGUGUGGUGGAUAAUCCUGGGAGUAUUCGGGGGGCUGCUAAUCUUGGCUUUGUUUGUAUUUGUCAUGUGGAAGCUCGGAUUUUUCAUGAGAAGGCGACCACCGACAGACGAGGGGGAAGAGCUGACUGCGGACAAAUAAUGGAUGACUGCUCUUCUAAUUAACGGGUUAAUUUUUUUUUUUUUUUACUACUUUCCAUUAAAACAAU